AUGCGCAUUCUCCGAAAAUUUGGGACGCGGUGGGAUUCUGUACUCCCGGAACUACAUGCGAAGACAACAGGCGACAUAGACGUUUGUAAAAUACAAACUACCCGUUACCCGAGUGAUGAUAUCUCAUCAAACUUCAAAUCUCGAACAUUCUAUGUUCUCCUUUAUGCGGUGUCAUUCCCGGAUAUCAUCGUAGUCACUCCUCCUGGGCGCUCGACCAUACUCGCGCAGAUACCGGACAACGAACAACAGUAA